AUGUCUUGGCAAAAUUAUGUUGAUGAACAAUUGAUUGGUUCGAAUCAAAUUGAAAUGGGAGCUAUCAUUGGUUUAGAUGGUGGUGUAUGGGCAUGUAGUCCAAUAAACUUUUUAAGACCUGGUGAAGGCCAAAAGCUUGCUAACCUAUUCAGAUCACCACAAAAUGUUUUUAAUUCUGGUAUAACCGUUGAUGGUGUGACAUACUCGGGUACUAAGGCCGAUGGCAGAAGUAUCUAUGGUAGACAAGGUGGAGACUGUUUUGCUUGUGCCAAAACUGGUCAAUGUAUUGUCAUUGGAAUUUACAAACAACAAGGAGGUAAUCCUGCUCUCCAUGUAGAAAAACUUGUUGAUUACCUCCUUGAAAACGGUUUUUAA